AUGAAGUGGUUAUGCUGUUUCGAAUUUAAGAAGUUGAAAGUAAAUUUUUAAAUUUUUUAGUUAUAUGAGGAUUGUUUUUGAGUUUGUUUAGGUAUGAGUGUUUUUUUGUAAAAAUUUGAAAGGUUUUCUCCAUAUUUGAUAAAACUUUUAAAGAUGGUGCACUUGAUAAAUUUUAAUGCUUUUUGAAUUUGAAAACAUUGAUUUUUGAAGAAAUUAAAGUAAUUUUGACAUUGAUCAGAAGCUAAUAGUUAAAAUUCCAUUAUUUAUUGACUUUAAUCUCUAAAUUUACAAUUUUAGCCUCUGGACACGUAUGAGCUGAAAAAGAACUACAACUCUAACUUGUACAUUUAUGAAUAUCAGUCCAGUUCAACAGCGACUACGCCAACUUCGGACGGGCCGGAUUCUGAGCCUUCAGAAAAUUCGUUGUCACCGGUUUUAAACAACUCGAAGAAUGAGGUUGAAGAGUCGAAUCUUAAAUUUGUGGAUGAUAGAAGGAUUGUCGAUUCUCCAGGGUUAAAGUCUAAAGGUAUAAAAGGAUUCGAGCUUUAUUUUAGAAGUUAAUAUCGUUGUUAAUGUAGAUUUUAAAUAUUAUAUUGAAUAGAAUUUAAAUACGUUAAUAAUUUAGCAUCAGAUCGUCGACCAAACCAAAAAUCUUGGCGUGCUUUGCACAAGGAACGAGCAGAACUACGGAAACGACGAAAAUUUGAUCAAACUUCAUUGUUCGAGCCAAAAUCAGGACGAAUCAGUAAAACGAUAAGUCAAGAUACGUUGGAUAGGCUUGAGAAGCAACGGAAAGUAAAAUCUUCUAAAAUAGACGAGAAUUAUAACUUUCCGGAGGCCGGAAACGAUAAUGAGGUGAGUCAAUGUUGAAUUUUUUUUGCUAAAAGUUGGCCAUUUUUAGUUUAAUGAGCUAGUUUUUUUAAAAAUAUUUAAUUUGUAAUCAACGGCUGAUUUUCUUUUGAUCUUUUGAAGGGCUAAAUAAUGGUAAGCUAUUUGAUUUAAAAAUUUUGCUUCAUGGCCUGGUCGGGAGAUUUAGCCUGCAAUUUUUACAUAUCUUUGGCAGUUCCGGCUGGUUUAUCACAGGUCAAAAACCGACUUUUUAUAAGUGAGGCUAAAAAGGUUUUCCGUGAAUCAGUAUGGGAUUCUGUUUCAAAACAUUUGAUUCAGAGCUACAAAUUUGUGUGAUAUAGGGAAAAUUAGCGGAAAUGUGUAUUGUAGUGAGUUGUACAUAUUUAUUGACUUUUUUUAUUAGAGACUUAUUGUCUGAAAUAGCUUCUUUGAUUAGCAUUUUUAUUUCAACCUUUCUGAUUAGCCCUUUAAUUCGGCACUUCUGAUUAGACUUUUAUCCCCAUCGGUCCGUCUGAUUACUCUGAACUUGCUUUGACGUCUGGAACUUGAGGUAAACACAAAGCUGCGUGUCAAGUGAGGCUUGUCACGUUUUUAAAAACUUUGUCCUCAAAUCUGUUGAGUGAGAAUUGUUUUUCCGAACGCCUUUGAGACUGUGGUUUCAAAUAGUUCAAUAUUGAGUUAAAAGUGUCUUUAAACGUAACUGGAUUUUAUAGGUUCACUGUUUUUGUUCACUUUGGGGUUUUUUCUACUGUUUUCUUCCAUUAAUACUUUUAAAGGAAAAAUAAAACUAGAUCAAGUUUUGUUGAUUGUCUGGCUAUUUUUGACUGAUUUUUGAUGAGAAAAACAAUCAGUUUUUUGACCAAAAACACAAUUAUAUUUACUUUUUUCAAUAAAACGUACUAUUACUAAGUUUUCUGGAAUCUUAUUCACUUUUUAGAUUUUUUAAUUUGGGGUUUUCAAUUAUGGAAGUUUUUAGGCAAUUUUUUGUUGCAGAUAAUUUAAAACGUCAAAUUUUGAACCUUAAAAACCAUUGAUUAUAAAUUGUCAAACUUGCAUAGCGCCGGGGGUUAUCAGACGGAAAGUAGAAAUUUUGAAAAUCAAAAAAGUCAAGUGUUUUGUCAUUGAAAAAAUCACCUGGCGAAAACGAUAAACAGCCAUGGUUUGUUUAGGUUUUGUGGUUUCAGCAGUAGGGUGAUCAUGGUAAUUUCUAUUGUAGUAUGUUAUCUUGCCAUAGUAACGGCCAAUGACAGUUGUAGGUUUGAUAGGAGUUUUUAAAGGCGGGGGAUUGGUGGGGGAGUAGAAAUGGAUUUUAUAGUGUGUUGUUGAAAAGAAUUGUAAGAGUUUUUGAAAGACAAACAACCCGAAACACUACUUUUUGUGUUGUGGCGCGACAAAUCCGUUUAGUUAGAGUUACAUGAGGUUGAAACAGCAGAGUUACUACUGCAAUUCUAGUUGUCAUAGUGCGAGUAAUGGGUUUUGGCGAGCAUUGAUUUUUUUUGCAGAUACCAUAGAUGCUCAUUUCACUAUUGCAAUAACCAAAAUUACCCCGACCACACUUACUUCAACGUAUAAGUGUCAUCAUUCAAAAAUGAUUACUUACUGUUUACACGACCCAUAUACCACGUUGAACGCAUUUUUUGAACUCACACGAUUGCGAAAAUUUUUUAACGCUGGAGAAAAAACACCCCAUUAACUAAAACGUCAUUUCCGUUAAUAACACCGCUUCUGAAGGCCGUUUUUUGACGAAAUCUCUGCAAAAAACGUCUCGUUUUCCAUCCAUCGACAUCCGUCUGAUCCGCAAAUGUUUGUUCGCUUAGUUAACGCAGCGUGACGAGGCUGACUUAGUUAGGCAUUAACUUUUAAUUAAACUGAGAAAUGUACUUUAACUGUUUUUUAGGGUUUACAUUAGGUUUUGGUUUUAUAGUUACUUAAAAAUGAAUUUUCGACGUUUUUUGAAGGUUUUCGAAGAUUCACUUUUUUGUAGGGUUGGAUUUAUUGUUUUGAACGUGAUAGUUAUUGUUUGAUAAAGGUAAUCGUGAAGAUAACUGUUAUGAAUCAAAAAUUUAAGUAAGGUCGGUUUAUGCGAGUAUACCUAACGCAUUGGACGAAAGUUGUUGGCUUCUUUGUUGGCACUGCUUUAUUAGCAUGGAAAUGCCGCUUCUGGCAAUGGCACGGAUACUGUAGCAAACUUUGUUUUAGUCCUAAUGUAAAUGCGGUUGAACAUAAAUUAAGUUUUUAAAAAUAUUUAAUGACAGAUCAAAUUUAAAGUUGCAAUUUAAACUAAAAAUAUAUGUUUAGAAGUAUAAAAUGACCUUUUUUAGGACCUAAACGCGAUAUGUUGUGUAGCUGAUGACGAGAACGACGAUUUUGUGUUCGAGUUGAUAGAACACGAAGUAUGGUGGGACAAGGAGACGGUCAAAGGAGUGUUCCGAUCCGAAUUGAGUGCCAUCGACGAGGACGAAGAGCGAAUACUGGAGGAAUUCGAGGAAUCGUACAAUGAAGAGCUAGUUGAAGAUUGUUUCUAA